AUGUCUUCGGAGAGUAAAAAACGUAAGCCAAACUGGACUGAUGAUGAAAUGAAAAUUCUAACAUCUUGUGUAAUUGAAAACAAAGAUGUAUUAUUUGCACAACUGUCGGCAUCAGUGACAAACGAGAAAAAGAAAGCUGUAUGGGAAGACAUCACAAAGCAAAUAAAUUCUUCUUCUGCCUUGUGCAAGAGGGAAACAGAAGAAAUAAAAAAGAAAUGGAAAGAUGCAAGAUCCAUUAUUUUGUCAAUUAUACCGGAUGAACUUAUCUCUGGGAUUGACGGAGGGGUUGAUAUUGCCUUUGCCAGUAAUUCUGAAACAAUAGAAGAAGUUGACGUUCCGGAAGAAGCUCCAAGUGUACAUGUGUCCGGGCCUUCCACCGACACAUUCUCUGCUUCAACUCUGUAUGGAUCCAAACGUAAAGACACGGCCAGCGACCCUGACGCUGAGUUUAUGCUGAAUUUGAUAGAAGUGAAGAAGAGAAGAGCCAUCGCAGAGGAGAGAAAAACAGAUGCCCUAGAGAGAAUAGCGGCGGCAUUUGAAAACAAAUUUGGCAUUUAA